AUGGGUCGCUUCCCAUGGAGUCAUGGUCACUCGAAACAAAGUAGUGACAAGCUGCACAACAUCACCCAGGAGUGGUUUUCGAAAGAUGGGUCGGAACCUUCAAGGCAGGCUUUGAACGAACUGAUGAAAGAUCCUUCAAGUUUCGAAUCCUCUACGAGCGACGGAUCGCCAAAAUAUCGCGGACGAUCAAGGACUAACACGGUGACAUCGUCCUUCUCUCUUUACGCGCGAUCGCUGUCCGAUGCCUCCAACGAAUUACCUUCUAGGCCUUCUUCACAACAGAGUUUCGCUGAUGUUGUCCUUCCUCUUGCCGACCGACAGGAAAUUACUACGAAAAGUCUUUUAUCAAGAGGUACCCGCAUGCUGAAGCGACAAGGAAGCAAGCUCAGCCUCUUACCGUCUCCGUCUCAGGACUCCUUCAGUGGAUCUGAUACUCGGUCUCAGGAACUACCAUCCACCUUUAGACUCCAGCGACAAUCCACAAUCAACUCAAAGCGGCCUGUGCUCAAGAAGAGUAUAUCAACACCAUUUGCUUUCCAGCAUUUGACUCAUGCAGACCAGGGCCAGUUCCAAAGCCUCGAUGGCCUCACGAGGACUCAAUUGGUUUCCGACUUUGAUUCUGUUCGAGCAGAGCAACAGGCAGAAGAGACAGUGCGAGGAAUACCAGUGACUGACAUCCAACAAGUUCAAUCGGUUGUCGAAAUAGAUGCCGUUGAGCCGACGUCUCCUACAACAGACGCUAUUCCGUUACUACCAACCACACCUCCUCGGCCGCAACCACCCCCGAAAGAUGGUUUGAAAUCGCCAUACAGUCCUUCAGAUUUCCGUAUGUCUCGUUCCAUGGAGAAUUUCUCUCGCCCAACCAGGCUAUCGGUGACUGCUAGCGAUGUGAGUCCUCCAUUCCGGUCAGACGCCAGGCUUUCAUCAUUGGGCCCCAAUACUCGUACCAGUGUUUUUGGGAAGCCUCUGCCGCUACUUCCGGAUGUGGUACAUGCAGUUUCGACCGGAGAUGAUAUCGCGUUGCCUCUCCCUACUGCUCCUCUUCCUUCACCACCCAAUGUGUUGGCAGGUGUGCCUGAAGAAGAGGAGCGGGCUGCAGAUGCUGUCUCUUCGUCGCCCAUCUUGCCAAAUCCUUUGCGCACCUCUACAGGAUCUGGAGGACAAUCACGUUCUCUAAAAAAUAAAAGGCGGAGCCAGUCAUCUGGAGAACUUCAAUUUGAUGCUGCCUUCAACAACGUGAUGUUAAUGAUGAAAGAGCAGAAACGACCUACCACCGCUCUGACACCUGACCCAAGUGUCACAAUUACGAAGAAGCGUAUCUCCAUCGGAGUGAAACCGAUUGAAAUUGAGGAUUGGGAAGACGCUAUUGACUAUUCAUGGGAUCAUGCCACUGACCUUGAAGAAGUAGCUCAACAACAUUCAAGUGACUCUGCUGUGAUUACAGAAUCCAAGCCCUCCACCGGCCUCAAUGAGAAGUAUUUGAUUAUUGAGCAAGCAAAUAUGGAAGAAGCAUCUUCAUCUGCCUCCACUCCACUUAUGAUGCAAGCAUACCCGACGGUUGGCCGGCAUUUCAUUGAUACAAAGUUAGCCUCUGCAUCGUCCAAGAGUGACGAUGAGCCUUCGUCGCCACUUCUUGGCCUUGGAAUCGCUUCGUUGCCCCAUGUCCCAACCGUCUCGUUGGCUGCCAACAACUUUGUCAGUCCGACAGUCGACCCUAACCAUUUCGAUCCUUGUAUUUCCUUUUCUUCUACGCUAUCUCGAACUCCCAAUUCUACGAUGAGCAAGUCAAGUUCACAGGAGAGCAUUAUUCUCUCUAUCGCUUCUUCGAUGAUGGGAACUCAAAGGUCUUCAAAUUCAAGCACAAGCUUGUCUGAUUUUGCGCAUCUCGCCAAUUUUGGAGAUUCUAUGGAGAAACUCGAUAUUCGAGGGUCAACUUCCUCGAUAGACACACGCAACAGAGAUGGUAGUCAAGAUACCAUUCGUGAAGGGUCUCAACCAUCACCUACAACAAGCACAAUGCCCAACGAUAUUUUUGCCACAACAGCAAAGAGACACGACAGGGUUGCUUCAGCUUCUCAAAUUACUAUACCAGAGAGGAAGUCCUCAAUUCCCGGCACCGAGGGAAGUAAGACACCUGGCCGCAGAAGGGCAAACACUGCAAACUCUCGCCCGAGGCGCAACACUCGAGUGUCUUACUCUUUGUUUCCUGCCGCCAGCCCGAACUGA